AUGAAAAAACCUUAUCAUAAUGCUCGUAUUGAACAAUGGAUGACAACAUUACAACAAUAUGAUAUGAUUAUCCAACAUAUAUCUGGAAAAGAUAAUACAACUGCUGAUACUCUUUCCCGUUAUCCAGUUGAUCAACCUGAUGUUAAUGACGAAGAUGCACCUCAUCUUGUUACUUCUUCAACUCAAACUGAAGAUCUUUUCGUCAAUGUUGUUACAACUCGUUCAAUGACACGACAACAUCCACCUCCUAUUUCUUCAACAACAACUUCAUCAUUAUCUCCUUCUCCUAGAACAACAACACCACCUAGGAUAUUCCGAUCUACUCCACCUGUUGCAUCUUCUUCUUCAUCUCUUAAUGACAUUAAUAUUUCAUUCGAUCAUGAUACAUUAAAUCUACAUCAAAAUCAAGAUUCUGCUAUCCAGGUAAUAAAAAAUGUUUCACCAUUAAAUCCUAAAUAUACACUUGAUGAUUAUAAUAUCCUUUAUGAAAUUAUUACUCGAAAGAAUGGUCAUGUUCUUCAACUACCGUAUGUUCCUGCUUCUUUAACUCCUCAAGUAUUAUUAAUGUAUCAUAACUCGACAUUCAGUGGUGGCCAUUUCGGUAUUAAACGCACUUUUUACAAGAUACACGCCCUUUUUUUCUGGUCGAAUAUGUACAAAGAUAUCGAACGACAUAUUUUAUCGUGUAUUAAUUGUCGAAAGAAUAAACCUUCCCGUCGAAAACCUGAUGGUCAUUUACAUCCAAUUGAACCACCUCGUGGAGUUUGGGAACGUCUUGCUAUGAAUUAUGUUGGUCCUGUUUCUCAAUCAAAAUCCGGUAAUAAAUACUUUCUAGUACUAACCGAUUUAUUUUCGAAGUUCGUCAUCACCAAAGCCGUCUCCGAUAACACGUCAACAACAGCUGCUAAAUUCUUAUUAUAUGAUGUCGUUAUGAUCUAUGGUGUUCCAUUUGAAAUUGUUACUGAUAAUGGCACACAUUUUUCUUCUUCGUUGUAUGAAUCCCUACUCAAGUUAACUCAAUGUUGUCAUGUUAAAACCACACCUUAUCACCCCAAAGCCAACGGUCAGUGCGAAAGACAUAAUGCAACUCUAGUAGCUAAUUUAGUUGCACUUUCGAAUCAAUCUCGAUCUAAUUGGGAUGACAAAUUAGUCGCGACAUCUUUUAAUUAUAAUGUUACUCGACAUGAUUCUACUGGUUAUACUCCAUUCGAAUUAAUGUUUGCUCGUCAAUCUCGUUUUGUAGCUGAUUUAUCCUCAUCAUUUCCAUCAAGUUCUCAUACUGUUUCUCAUUAUUAUCAUACUAUGCAACAGUUUAUUGAGUAUACAAAAAUUGCGGCUCGACAAAACAAUCUUCGACACCAACAAUCUUCUGAACAACGUUAUGAUCAAAACCGUUCGAAUCCUCGAUAUUCUGUUGGUCAAUCCGUCUUAGUUCGUAAUCGAAAUCCACAUAUCAACAAGUUCUCCCCACGAUUCGUUGGCCCCUACGCCAUUCUCGAUCAGUUGCAUGAUAAAACAUAUGUUGUUCCAAACGAUAAUACCAGUCAUCAAGUACAAGUACCUGUACACGACAUACGGUCCCUCAAUUAA